AUGGCGCUUCGUGCGGCCUUCGCGCGUUUCUUGAACGGCGCGAGGCUGCGGUGUCAAGACACCCCAGCUGCGUGGACUGCGUGGCGCACGCGCGCAAGUGUCACGAAACGCAUGCUAAAGAGCGGCUGUUCGGUGGCAAAAAAACUUUACAAAGCCCGCGGCGUGCUGCCGGAGAGUGCCGGGCGAGUUUCCCGGACUGCAGCAGCAGCACGAGCUGCAGCAGCGCCGCCGCCGGCUGCUGCACGGGGAGCGCGGCCGGCGGCGGGAACUGCUGCGGAAGAAAGGGCCUAUUUGCGGCGCUCGUGCAUGCGGGGAACUACAGAGUGCGCGGCUAAGUCCGGAUCUGCCUGCCUGCUGCUGCGCUGCACUGUUCCUACACACAGGGAGGCUACGGAGCAGCUUCCCGCUGCUGCGGCCGCGGCGCGGCGCGCCGCAGCAGCAGCAGCAGCAGCGGGAGACCUGGGGAGAGUCAAGAAGCCUCUGCUGCGUCCGAUUCUUCGCCGCGGCCCUCCUUCGCCGGCCGCCCCGGAGAGUCCGACAGCCCCGAGCCAUCCGAAAUGGCCGCGUCCUCGUCGCUGGACUGCUGCGGGUGGACAUGAAUCCCUAUGA